AUGUCACAUAAUGUAUUCCUGCAACUCUACCACAAUCAGUUUAAACACAAGACUCAAUCCGAAAUAAUAGAACGACGAAUUUCUUUACUUGCUUUAUUUGAUGGAGACAUAUUCCACCCAAUUCAACUCUGGCCUCGGGAACUCGUAUCAAUAUUCUGGAAAAAACCUAUGACCGAUAUAGAGACUUUAAAAUCACUUUUCACUUUUGUAAUUGGCAAUGGGGGCUCACCAGACUAUGCCGCAGAAUGGAUCCUUACCUUGCAGCACUGGUCGAAUCAAAGAUCUGCAGAAAAAAGACUAGACAGCUAG